AUGAGUAAGAGGUGUGCGCGUGAUGAGUGCGGCAAAACCGUUUACCCGUUAGAAGAACUCAAAUGUUUAGACAAGGUUUGGCACAAAAGUUGCUUCAAAUGUACGGUUUGCGGGAUGGCGUUGAACAUGAAAAACUAUAAAGGAUACAAUAAAAUGCCUUAUUGUGAACCGCAUUAUCCGAAAACUGUGGCCAGCGUCGUAGCGGACACUCCUGAAAUGAGGCGAAUCGCUGAGAACACAAAACUUCAAAGCCAGAUUGCCUAUCAUGCCGAAUACGAAAAGAUGAAGGGCACGAAGAUUCAAAUCGCCGAUGAUCCCGAGAUUUCUCGUCACUUGGCUAACACAAAGGUUCAAUCACAAGUCGCUUACACUGGAGAGCUGGCUAAACGGAUAGAUCAAGAGCAGAUGCGACAUCACACACAACAAACACAAGAACAAGGUAGGAAAAAGCUUAUGGAAAAGCAUGGCAUUAGCAAGGAGUCGGGAAAAGAGACCGAUAAACCUGAAAGUGAUGAGAAAGUGGCUCAAAAGGCUGAGCCAAAUGGACCACGUGGAGUGCCGGUAUUCAGUGGAGAGCCGACAUAUUCAUCAAGAAUGGCUCAACAAAGUGGCACCCUCAUCUACAGCUCGGAAUUGGGUGGAUCAUUGAACCAACCGAAUCGAGCUGUGGGAAGCAUCGCCGAUUAUGAUCCGAUGAAUGGAAAUUGGGGCACAGUUGGUGGAGGAGCUGGAACUCGAGCCUCACAUUCGUCUAAUCCCGAUGAAACUAACAGCUCGUAUACGCGCUCUACAUCUAAUGCUCAGCGCAUGGCUGCUGAUAUUGCUCAUGAGUUUGCUGCCCGAUCGAAUGGCGGUUCGGCACAUGCGAGUAAUUCGGGUUCGGCUGGUGGAGCGGGUUUCACAGUGAAAGCCAUCUACGAUUAUACGGCAGCUGACAAAGAUGAGAUUUCGUUCGCAGAGGGUGAUGUGAUUGUGAAUUGCCAAAAGGUGGACGAUGGCUGGAUGACGGGCACUGUUCAAAGGACCCGUCAAUGGGGAAUGCUGCCCGCGAAUUACGUUGAACCCUAU